AUGGCUUUAGUCCACCUGCCCUUGCCUUUUUCCCCGUGGUGCUUCUGUCCGCAGCUCGUUUUAAGGCUGUGUUUCAAUCUGUUUGAAAUUUAUAGAGGUGCCGAUGGGCUGCGGGCACUCCAAUUCUGUGCCGCAAAGUUUUUCAAGCUGGAGGGCCUGAAGGGCUUGCACCUCCGCAUCGUGGGCCUGGAUUUGGCGGAUGAGCUGCCUUUGCUGGAGGCCGCGGUGGCCAGAAGAGAGAUGCUGAUCAAGAAAGCCACGCUGCUGAAGAUCGGGUGUCACGUGGAUCAGAGUUUCGAGCUGACGAACCUGGCCAACCGAAGCCCCAAGCAGCAAGCGACGAAGCAGGACGUCGAGGUGAGUUCUGCAUCCGCUGCCGAGGUCCUAAAAGCUGUGCCGCAGGCAGAGGCAGCCUUGUCUACCAAGCUGGGGCAGGUUCUGAAGCUCUUUGUGGAUUGUCCUGCAAGGGGCGGGGAGCGUGGUGCAGUCAUGAGCAUGAUGCGCAAAUUGAGGUACAAGCUUAUCUCAGGCAUUUGGACCUCCGACAUUACCCACCGCAUCUCCGAUGUACUUUACAUGACACCUGACGUGGAGCUGGGCGGCUAUCCGAAAGCAGAGGACCUUUUGGCAGCUGAGUUCAGGUUUGCUCUGUUUUCUCAGUUGCAGAAAAACUUCUCAACAACAAGCGGAGUCUCCAAAAGUUCCACGGUCAUACCAGCUGGUCAGAGUCCCAUUGAGCACAUCAGCAGCAAAGCAAAGCAGCAAGGUGGCCUGCAACAAUUGCCGAUUGUGCUGCGUGACUUGCAGAGGGACUUGGAAUAUCAGCUUCAUGGUCCAAUGACGUCUGGCAUGUUGAUCGAUGGCUUCUGCAAAUACGUCGGCAUCGGUUUGGCGCAGAGGAGCCUUCAGGAAAUGCUGGGUUUCAAGCGGGAAGAGGGCGCUGCGCCCUCUUUGGUCCUAGAGAUCCGCACUUGCUUCGUCUCUGAAAAGGUUGCACAGAGCGCAGGCCAACUCGCGGAGUUCUCGCACCUCUUGCACGAUGCCAUCGUUGGCACACAGGAGUUUGCAAACUUCGUUUCGUGGCUCGACAUCCCGAGCCGCACAUGGACCAUCGACCGAGUCUAUUUGAACGGGGUCCUCCCGGCAGGCAAGCGAUACGGCGCUAGAGCCAUCGCGGAGCAUUUGCUGGAGCCGCCCUUACUCUUCUUUCAGGGUCGUUCAAAGGCGCAGAUUGGUAGUUUCUUGGAUUCCAUGCCGGAUCUGGAGAAGUUAGUUGUCAGUGACAUCGUGAACUGGAAUACCUACUUGCUGAUAACAAACGGCCUUACGAAAGAUGUCUUCAGAAGCAUUGGCGAUAUGGAAUGA